AUGCCGCCAGACGUCGACAGACUCGUGUCCGAGGUGACAGUGCCCGACUCGACGCUCACGCCGGACCGUUCCACCACCCCUCACACCGCGGCGCCCAAGCCCGACGACAUCACCAUAGGCUUCGCGCCGCCGCCGGCCUCCCGGGACGUCGACUUGACCGCGCGCGUGGCGGCCCUCGUAAACAAGGUCUACUUCGACGCCGAGGCCGGCAUCUUCCACGACGGCUACCACAGGACCAGCAGCGCCGAGAUUGCGCAGUUUAUCCAGGACCAACACCUCGUCCUCGCGCGGCUCAAUCAUCAUGGCGCUUCACCUUCGGCCGGGGCUGGAGACGUCAUUGGGUGCGUCUACGUCAAGACAUUGUCGCCCACGCUCGGCGACUUCGGCAUGCUGGCCCUGGACGAGACGUAUCGCGGGGGUGGGCUGGGGCGAGACCUGGUGCGCUUCGCCGAGGGCCACUGCCGCCGCAUCGGUUGCACCAAGAUGCAGCUUGAGUUGCUCGUGCCAACCACUUUCGAGCACGCUCUCAAGACGCGAAUGCAAGCUUGGUAUCUGCGCAUGGGCUAUCGCAUCGUCAAGUUAGGCAGCUUCCAGGACGAAUACCCGGCGUUGGCGCCGCUUCUGACUGGGCCGGCCGACUACAAGAUAUUCGAGAAGGACCUGACGCCGGGCACUCCGUAG